AUGGCUUUGGUUGAUGCACCUGACCAUCCAGUUUGUGAGAUAAGGAUAAAAGUUCACAGCGUUAUUAAAUCUCAAGUAUAUGCCAACUCUUCCAAAAAGUUAUUGUCAGAAACUAAGAACGCCUUGAAGGCGCCCAGAUCAGUGCUUAAAAGUGAAGGUGGCGGCGGCCAGAGCGCUCUACCCCCUCCAGCUAAAGGCUUCAUCCUGGUGUGUUCUGGCCACAUCCUCCUCCUUAACGCGGAUCGGAUAGCGCUCCCAGGCCAAGUGGGGCCUCACCUGCCGCAGGUGGCCCUAGGGAGUCCGGAGGCGUGGCCGCACCCCCACCCCGCCCCUCCGCUUCUCCAGGCCGGGAGCUGCAGGCCGCCGCUCGGGUCCCCGAAGCCGGGAGGUCUGGCGUCUCGGGGAUUUGGGGCCCGCUGGCUUGGCGCCCGGCGGAGGGCACCCCAGGCGCCGAAGAGGCCGCGCCUCCUCCCGGAACUGGCCGGCGCUGCAGGGCGGGAGGAGCGGCAGGAGCCGGGCUAUCGCACGCCGCGGGCCAUGGAGGUCCUUCCCGCAGGCGGGGGCCGGAUGGGGCGCCGGGAGCCGGGGGCAGGGCCGGAGGAAGCGGUUCCCGGAGUGCCCGGAGCCCCGUGCCUGCGAGGGGCGCGGUCGGCGGAGCGGCCUCGGGGCUCUCGGGACUCCUGGGGGGCGGAGGAGGACCCGGAGUCCGGCGAGUCGCCGGACGGCCGGACCAGCCGCACGGCGUCCCUGGUGAGCGGGCUGCUCACCGAGCUGUACAGCUGCGCGGAGGAGGAGGCGGUGGGCGCGGGCCGCGGGCCCGGGGGUCGCCAGCGGCGCCGCGACAGCCUGGACAGCUCAACGGAGGCUUCCGGCUCCGACGUGUUCCUGGGCGGCCGCGGCAGCGCCGGCGACUCGCGCGUGCUGCAGGAGCUGCAGGAGCGGCCGAGCCAGCGGCACCAGAGGCAGUACCUGCGGCAGAAAGACACUAAUGAACUGAAGACAAUCCUUCGAGAGCUAAAGUACAGAAUUGGCAUUCAGUCGGCAAAGUUACUUCGGCAGCUGAAGCAAAAAGACAGGCUUCUGCACAAAGUACAGAGAAACUGCGACAUUGUGACUGCAUGCUUGCAGGCUGUGUCCCAGAAGCGAAGAGAAGGAAUUUGUGUGGCUGAGUUUGGUGGCACUGACAUUCAACAUUUUCCUCAAAGAAACAAUUCUCUGUUUUUAAAAACAAGUUAUAAAAGUAAAUGA